CCAUGACACUGACAUAUCGUAGGAUCAGCGGUCAAGUUUCUUUUUCCCUUAUAUUCACGUUGGAUAGACGCUUCCCCAACAUCUGAAAUGGCUCGCACCAAGCAAACAGCUAGAAAAUCAACAGGAGGAAAGGCGCCACGUAAGCAGCUGGCGACGAAGGCAGCUAGGAAGUCGGCUCCUGCGACCGGAGGAGUGAAGAAACCGCACCGCUUUAGACCUGGGACGGUGGCAUUGAGAGAGAUCAGGAAGUACCAGAAGAGUACUGAGCUCUUGAUCCGUAAGCUUCCAUUCCAGAGGCUGGUGAGGGAAAUUGCUCAGGAUUUUAAGACAGAUCUGAGGUUCCAAAGCAGUGCUGUUGCGGCUCUUCAGGAGGCUGCAGAGGCAUACCUGGUUGGUCUAUUUGAGGACACAAAUCUCUGUGCUAUUCAUGCCAAGAGGGUUACUAUUAUGCCUAAAGAUAUCCAGCUAGCAAGGAGGAUUAGGGGUGAGAGGGCGUAGAAGAGAUGAUUUAUAUAGUUAUGUGUUGGGUGUCCUCUUAGCUGGUGUUUGUAAAUUGUUUCCAAUCUAAUAGCUAAUUGGAUUUGAUGUUUGGACUCUCGUGUUGGUUCAAAAUGCUCAAUUAUAGUAGUAAGGUUAUUCCCUAA